AUGAGUUUAGACAUCGCAGAUAUGGAAGACGAUUUUCUUCCAAAUGAUCGUAGCGAAGGCGACGUCGAAGCCGAUGGCGAAGAUAUGACGGCGCAAAAAGUCUUAGAAACUUUGGAAAGUGCGUGGCAAAAUGAAAAACUAUGUCCGGAAAUAUUACCUCAUAAAAUGGAAUUUGUCGAUUGCAUGUUAGAACAAAUCAAGUACAUGGAAUCGAAUAUUCACCGAUUACCCAAAGGAGAUAUCAAGGUAGAUAUUCAUAAAAUUGAAUUAGAACGAAUACGAUUCAUAGUAACGAGCUACCUUAGAUGUCGUUUGAAAAAAAUAGAACAAUUUGCAUCCUGUAUAUUGGAAGAAGAAGCUGUUAGAGAUCCGGAUAGUCGUUAUUUGUCUGAUUCCGAAUUGAAAUUCGCUGUCGAAUUUGUUGAAAAUUUAGAUACUCAUUUUGAUACGGUACUAAAAGAAAUGCCGUGGAAUUUACAAAAGUUAGAAAACAACGAGAAACGUAUUAAACCGAAUUUAAAUAGUUAUGUUUUCUGUCGUACAAAGGCUACGGUUCCGAAUGUGAUCGUUAGGGAUGUUUUUGAAAAUCACGAAGAAGAGAUUUCACUCGAUGAGAAUACUCAAUACAUAAUACCUUAUGUUUCUAUUGCUGAUAACGUUAAAAAUGAUACCGUGCAGUUGAUUUAAUUGAUGCAAUUUUGCUAUAUGUUUUUGUUACGCGAAUUAGAUGAAUGAAAAUGUGCUUCUAGAAACGUAUUUAUUGUUGUACUUGUAGCGGUGGUACCUAUUUAUUACAAAAUUUUCAAGUGUU